UUGGGUGAGAAUUAGCAAAAAAAAAAGAAAGAAAGAACAUUGAAAUGGAUUUGGAUUAUUUGCCAUGGAUAUGGGAGGGGAAAAGAUCAGCACAGAUAUGUAUCUAUAGGCUAUAUGUAUUUGCCCUCUUUGCUAUAGGUUACCCAGUAGUGUUAGAGCCAUGAUAGUAGGAAUGCUCCAGUAAACCAAAUCAACAAUCAGCAACCUUGACAUCUAACUCUUCCUUUACCCAUCUCUCAUUUUUAUAUAAAUCCUUAUGAACUAGUAGUGGUAGAAGACAUUUGAGAUCAGAGAAAUUUCUUAAAAUAUUUGAAAUAUUUAAUUUACUACAAUUUUGGCCCUAUAUUCCAGUUGUCUGAUUGUUUCUGCUUCUUAGUGAUUAUUAUAUCCUAUCACCUUUAUGUUGAAGAACUCUGUUUAUAUCCUUAUAGUCACAGUGUAACAAACGGGGGGCAAAGAAAUAAAAUGGAAACGACUUGAUACCCUCCAGCCCUAGCUUCUCAUUUUGUAUUCUAUUAAUGGUUAUAAAUGCUUCAAAGUCCUUCUUAAUAAGUCCUUCCAGAAGCCACAACUAAUUGUUUGGAGUUGACAUGAAGCUAGAAAUUGACCUAGAGAGACUAUUCAGUAACUCAAAUAUGAAAGGAGUAGUGACCUUUCUGGAUUAGCUACUUGUGGCUGUAAAGAGCUGUUCCUGAUCUCCAAAAGGAAAAGAAGGGCCAGUGUGGUUGUGCUCACUCUUUCCCUUUUUCCCUAAUCCCCAGGCCCUCUCUCCUUUCUCUAUCCUUUCUUACUGGGAAUGUGUAACCUUUAGCUGGAUGUUGGACAAUGGGCAGCUGCUUCUAGUUUCUUGGAGGGAAGCCAAUUUUAGGUUUUGGCUAGGAAAUAUACAAGACGAAGGUGUCAAAGACUUAAGACAGUUACUUGGAAUACAUGAAAUACAUAAAAACCCAUGAGUUAAUAAUGAAUUUCAACCCACCCCCCCCAAUAAAAAACAACAACCCUGAAAGUUCUCAUGAACUUAACAGUGGUACUGAGAAACUCCUCAGGGUCCUGACUUUAAUAAUAGACCAGGAUUAUAUGUUAUUACCACAUCAUUUGUUAGUAUUUAUUUAAAUAUCUAGGCAUAUUAAGCAUUUUAAUGUGCAGUCAUUUAAAAUCUUGAUCAUAGUAUUAAUUUCCUAGGUAAACUCUUUUAUUCAUAUUCUGCAGCCACCUAACUUUUAGAAUGAUCUGAAAUCGUGAAUUAGUAGAUUUUGAAUUAAUGAUGCUUUUACCUCUUUAUACAACUAACUUUUACCAGUACUCAGCAGAUACAAAUGUGAUUUCCUCAGAGUUAUAUUAGUUUGUAAUCCUCUGUGGUUUGCUAUUUAAUUCUGCUUCUCAUUCUAAAAGAGUUCUUAGCCUUUGUUCAUUAAUCAUGGAAACAGUUGUGCAACAUGCCUUGACGUUAACUUGAACAUCUAAAAUUAGUCCUGCUACAAUCAGUGGUUGGGAGCAACGUUUCAGUAGUUUGUGACAUGUGUUAAGUAGACAUUGCAAGGUUGGAAGGAACUCCCUAGAAAUAAAGUUUAUAGAAACCUAUUCACAAAAAUGACAUCCUGGUUCUAUGAAUGUCUUUGUGAAGCUGAACUUGCACAGUAUUAUCCUCAUUUUACUGCCCUUGGCCUUCAGAAAAUAGAUGAAUUAGCAAAGGUUACAAUGAAGGACUACUCCAAAUUAGGAGUCCAUGACAUGAACGACCGCAAACGGCUCUUCCAACUUAUCAAAAUCAUUAAGAUUAUGCAGGAAGAAGAUAAAGCAGUCAGUAGCCCAGAGCAUCCUCUUCAGACAAGAAGCCUGUACAUCAAGCCUCAGGAACCCAGAUCCGGACCUCGCAGACAGUUGCAUUUUGAUUCUCUUGCUGACAACAAAGACAGAACUACCAGCAAUUAUGGGUUUGAAAUGUGCAACUUAUCAGAUUUCUCUGCAAAUGAACAGAAGUCUAGUUACCUAAAAGUGCUGGAGCAAAUGUUACCAGAUGAUUCCCAGUACCAAACAAAAACAAGAAUUCUGAAUGCCACAGCUGCUGAUUCCUAUGGGCAAACAGAAACUAACACUUCACUCUUGUCAUCAAAUCACUUUUCUCCAGUACUGGGGGAUUGUGAUAUUCCCAUUAUUCAAAGAGUCUCUCAUGUUUCAGGGUAUAACUAUGGAAUCCCUCAUUCUGUUAUCAGACAGAACACCUCAGAGAAAGAGAAUCCUUGGACUGAGAUGGAGAAAAUCAGAGUUUGUGUUCGAAAACGCCCUCUGGGCAUGAGGGAGUUACGUCGUGGAGAAAUUAAUAUUAUUACUGUAAAAGACAAAGAAACUCUACUUGUUCACGAGAAGAAAGAAGCAGUUGACCUCACACAAUAUAUUCUGCAGCAUGUUUUUUAUUUUGAUGAAGUCUUUGGUGAGGCAUGCACCAAUCAGGAUGUAUACAUGAAGACUACUCACCCACUCAUUCAGCAUAUUUUCAACGGAGGCAAUGCCACUUGCUUUGCAUAUGGACAGACUGGUGCUGGAAAGACCUACACCAUGAUAGGAACUCAUCAGAACCCAGGACUGUAUGCUCUGGCUGCAAAAGACAUCUUCAGGCAACUAGAAGUGUCCCAGCCAAGAAGGCAUCUCUUUGUGUGGAUCAGCUUCUAUGAAAUCUACUGUGGACAGCUUUAUGACCUCCUAAAUAGGAGAAAAAGGCUCUUCGCAAGAGAAGAUAGCAAGCACGUGGUACAGAUUGUGGGACUGCGAGAGCUCCAGGUGGAUAGUGUGGAGCUCCUCUUGGAGGUGAUUCUGAAGGGCAGCAAGGAACGCAGCACCGGGGCCACUGGAGUUAAUGCAGACUCCUCCCGCUCCCAUGCUAUCAUCCAAAUUCAGAUUAAAGAUUCAGCCAAGCGGACAUUUGGCAGGAUCUCUUUCAUUGACUUGGCUGGCAGUGAAAGAGCAGCAGAUGCCAGAGACUCAGAUAGACAGACAAAGAUGGAAGGCGCAGAAAUUAACCAGAGUCUUCUGGCUCUAAAGGAAUGUAUCCGAGCAUUGGAUCAAGAACACACUCAUACUCCCUUCCGGCAAAGCAAAUUAACUCAGGUCCUGAAAGACUCUUUCAUCGGCAAUGCCAAAACCUGCAUGAUCGCCAAUAUCUCACCAAGCCACAUGGCCACCGAACACACUCUGAAUACCUUGCGCUAUGCUGACCGGGUCAAAGAACUAAAGAAAGGCAUCAAAUGCUGCACUUCAGCUGCCAGUCGAAAUCGGACAUCUGGAAACUCUUCUCCAAAACGAAUUCAGAGCUCCCCUGUGGCCCUGCCAGGGGACAAGUGUUCUCCCAAAAAAGUCAAGCUGGGGCUUCAGCAGUCACUUACAGUGGCACCUGGCUCCACAAGAGGGAAGGCCUAUCCUCUGGCCAGCCACCCACCCAACAUCCCUUUUACUUCUGCACCUAAAGCCCCUGGUAAAAAGGGUGGUUCCAGAGGGAGUCCUCCUCAAGAGUGGGUCACUCAGACUAGCCCUGUCAAAGGAACUGUGCGGUCUGGACAGUUAGCCAAAAAAAGGGAAGAAGAGUCAGCUUCAUUGUGCUCUGAGAAAAAUCAAAUCGGCAACAAAACUGCCUUUGGGUGGGGAGGCAGGGCCCCUGGCCCAGGACAAGACCUGAUGCAUGGUAAGCUGACCAACAAGUGCAAGAAAGUGCAGACUGUGCAGCCAGUGCAGAAGCAGCUUGUGUCACGAGUUGAUCUCUCCUUUGGCAGCAUCCACCACUUAGCAGAGUACAGUCAGGGCAGCAAGGGGGACACGCUUGCCAGGCCUGCCUCUGAAGCUUGGACAAACAUACCUCCACAUCAAAAGGAGAGGGAGGAACAUUUGCGCUUUUACCACCAGCAGUUCCAGCAGCCACCUCUCCUCCAACAGAAGUUAAAGUACCAACCACUGGAAAGGCUUUUAUGCCAGCACAGGUCCCAAGAGGAGCAGUUCCAGAAUGAGACUCCUCCUCCCUCACACUCUUAUUCUGAGAGUCAUGAUGGGGGCCAAGCUGAGGACCUUGAUGACAGUGAUUUCAGUGAAGAUUCUUUCUCACAUGUCUCCAGUAAGAGGACCACAAAGCACAGAAACACCCUGGAGAAUAGCGAAGGUUCAUUCUUCCUUCAUCAGAGGGAACAGGGUCCUGAGGAGCAGGUGACUGGAAGGCAGCAGAGUCUGUUUUUUAGCCCCGGGUUAGAUGGUGAUGAGAAGGAUCUAACUGGAAGCUGGAUGUACUCCAGGGAUCCCACAAGCCACAGAAGAACAGCAGUUGAUCCCAGCCACAGCCCAAGUAAGGUGCCCUUGGAUUGGAGCAGAGAAGAGGACUCUACCUCCUCAGGGCCUUCUCCCAGAGACAAACUGGCAGAGAAGCCUUACUACUCACAGGUAGACUUUGUAUAUAACCAGAAAAGAGGCAGCAGCUCAACCUCUGAUCUCAAACAGGAUGCCUUCAGAAGUGAAGUUCCAGGGCAGGCUGAGGGCAGCUCGCCAUCCCUGAAGGAAGAUGGUUUCACUUCCUCACUAUCCCUCAUUGCAGUUGCUGGAUCCCCAGACCAAAGAGACACAGUCAGCACAUCUCUGAGAGAACCCAGUGAAGGCAGCCCAAAUGUGGCAACCAGAAUAAUGAAAAACAGUAACCCUUUCCAAGGAGAAGACUCUAGAGAGGAAUUAGGCAUGUGUUCUGAACAUGCUUCUGAACUGAUGGCCCCCCUCACUGUGUCCCUCCUGGAGAACCCUGAUGAUGAGGGCCUUCCUUCCUUAAACCAGCCAGCCCAGGAUGGGGCUACACACAGUCUAGCGGGCACAGGGGGGCCAGCUAUGGGCCACACAGUGUCACCUGGUGAUCAAGAGGUAGUCCUGCCAGUGUCUUUGGCAAGUGGGCACCUGUGGCUCUCAUCAUCUCCCCCUGACAAUAAGCCUGGUGCUGAUCUUCCAGCUCUGUCCCCAUCACCCAUCUGUCAGCACCCAUCUGACAAGCUGCCCAACAGGGAGAUUGAUCUGGGAGAAGUCAACCAGAGCAGAGAGACUACACUUUUCUCCCAGGAGCACGUGGCUAGUGAGCAGUGUGAUGCCGAUGCUGAGGAGACAGAACUGAACAGCUCCCAGGGUUUCCCGGGAAAGCCCUUACCCACCAUACACACUGGAGGACCCCAGUGUGAGCCUACACCCACCCAACGAACAGGAAGCAGUGAUAUGGCUGACCAGCCCUGGGCUCAGGAGAGAAAGCAUCUGACAGGGCUCAGUUGGCAGGAGCUGGAUUUGUCCAUAGACUCCAUCAAGUUGCCCUGCUACAGUGAGGACAUGGAAUGGCUCAAACAUAGGCCAAUCCAAAGGCACUUAGCAAGGCCAGGCUCUCCGCUGGUUCCCAGCUGCUCUCCCAAGACUGCUGGGGCAUUGCACCAGCCCACCCUGGGACGUGCACAGCAGGUGGUCAUCCGAGCACACCAGGAACAGCUGGAUGAAAUGGCUGAGUUGGGCUUCAAGGAAGAGACCCUGAUGAGCCAGCUGGCUCCUAAUGAUUUUGAAGAUUUUGUCACCCAGUUGGAUGAAAUCAUGGUUCUGAAGUCCAAGUGCAUCCAGAGUCUGAGGAACCAGCUGCAGCUAUACCUGGCCUGCCAUAGGCUGUCUGAGGCCCCUGAAAGGACAGUGGUAUCUUAGAGCAAGAUCCAGUAUGGGUGGGAGGGGCAGCUCAAGAGCCUGUGCUAGGUUCUGAGGGGAUGGAGGGCCUCUGCCAGGUCAUCCCUACAGAUAUCAGAACCCACUCCCUGGUCCUGUCCAUGCUAGCCUCUCCACAGUCACACAUGGCCUUGGCUGGGCCGAGCUCCUCUCAGGGACAAGCCUCUCUAUCCAUCAAUUCCAAGCACAGGAGCAUCUUAAUGUGCUCCUCCGUUUUCUUUGGGACUGAGAGAGAAUUUGUCUUACCCCUUGUCUGUGGAAACACACUUGGGUCUAAUAAUAACCCUGUAGAUGUUUCUGAAUUUGAAAUUAACGGUAUGGGUAAUUGGUGGUAACCUAGAGGUCAGUAGUCACAAGCUGGUAAAGGUAACGAGCCCAUGAGCUGAGCCCACGAGCUUUAUCAGGUGAAUUUUAUGCCUGUCAUGAGGACUCGGCCAAAAAAUAAAAACACUGGUGCUAGUGGGGCAGGGGCAGGGUGAGCUCUGCCCCAUUAUUUGGGGCUUUAGGUUAGCUUUUGAAAUGUAAAAUGAAUAAACCUUGACUUGCUACGUCUUUCUUUAAUAGCAA